CUCUCACUCAAUCUCUCUCACACACACAUACAUUCAGUACACACAGAGGAACUCAUUCACAUGCACAAACAAAGACUCUCCCCUACCCAAGGGGCACCAGACCACGUACAGACUAGGUAGAUUCUCUGGGCGCUGACUUUUCCCACUAUGCAGGACAACAAGUCUGAUGUGAAGUCCAUCAUGGCUCGCUUCAACGCGGGGGGAAAUGCCACAGAGGGUAUCUCUACAGAACGUCCAAAACCUGCAGUGCACCCCACCCUGUCCUCUGGACCCCCUAUCCAGCCUAAGAAACCUGCCCUGGAGAUCAGCCUCUCAGGCAGCGCAGCCUCCACCGCGCCCAAACCCAAAUUCCUCAAGAGCACCAUCUCCACCUUGAGUGCUCCAGAAGUCAGGGACUUGCACAGAAUCAAAGCGAUCCCUAGUAAGUUUGGAAACGCCCAAGAGGACAGCAAACCCUCCGUUGUCAAACAGUACCCCGUUAAACUCAAACCACCUGGCCCAGAGAUAUCCCAGGACGCUGAGGUCAAAAGCCCUCCGCCCAAACUCCCUCUCCAGAAGCCCUCUCUGAGCUUGACCCUGUCUGACGCCAAGCCUGCCUUCCCCAAACCUCCGCUGGGUGUGGCCAAACCCUCCUGGGUCAAAGACAGCAGCCCCAAACCCGACGAUAGUGGGGGUACCCCGAACUCCAUCCCACCCAAAAUACCCCCUUCCAAAAAAAACAUUAGCUCCAUUGUAAAGAUGCGUCCACAGACAGAGGAUAAUGUGGCUGGAGCAGUGGAUUCUACAAUCAAACCGUUCGGAGGAGCUUCUACCCUCAAACCCUCCAACUUCAGGACUGCACAGAAUGUGUUCAAUAGAGGAGAAACCCUGUCUGAGAAUGGGGUAAAGGAAAUAGCCAAACUUCCCCUCACUUCCAGCGACUCUUGUCUUACUAAACCUAUAGACAGUAGGAAACCCAGCUUUAUUAAGAAGCCGCUGGGUCCCACCUCCCCGGUCGUGGGGGUGAGCAACAGUAGCCCGUCCACACCCAAAAGGAACCCCCUGCCCAAUAUCCUGGCAUUGGGGACUGCCCCAGUCAAACCCAACAGGCCUCCUACGGUCAACUUGGAAAAGUUCAAGAAGGGCACAGAGGCUAGUGCCGAUAGUCCUGCUGGGUUAAGGAAGGGAUCUGUUCCCCCACCCCCUGCCUCUCACCCCAGUAACCAUAUGGCCCCACCCCUGCCCUCUCACCCCAUGGCCCCUAGCCUGCCCCCGCGACCACCAGAAGCCAUAAUCCAACCUGACCCAGAUGAGAACUAUGAUGAUGUGGGGUUAAUGAACAACCCUCCACCCCCUCCCUCUGGAGGACAUCCUAGUCAAAUGACUAAGGACAGUGAAAGUGAUGAAGAAAUGUAUGAAGAUCUUGAUGAAAGAUGGGGGACAGUGGAAUCAAAGGAGCAAGAGAAGAAGAGAGAGAGGGAGGAGAAAAAACGACAGGAGGUGGAAAAGAAAGAACAAAAAGAACGUGAGAGGAAAGAACAAGAGGCCAGAAAGAAAUUCAAACUGACUGGUCCACUGGAGGUCAUCCACAGGGUCCAGGCCAGAGUGGACAGUAAAGGGAGUAAGACGGACCUGGGGCUGAAGCAGGGAGAGUCUAUUGAGAUCAUGCGUGUUUUGGACAACCCAGAGGGACGCUGGCUAGGGAGGUCACAGGACGGCUCCUAUGGCUAUGUGAAGACUGAGUCGGUUCAGAUUGACUUUGACACCCUGAAGCGUCAGGGCGUGUCUAUAUCCAGUCAUAUGGAACACGAACCGGAGGUAUACGAUGAUGUGGACUUUCGUAAUGACCUCAGCAGUGGGAUCAAGGGUCCAGGAGUGGUUCUUCCUCCACCUCCUGAGAAGGAUGGGGACAUAUAUGAUGAUCUUGACGAUUCAAGCUUCGACGUCAGCCCUAGCCCCUCGGACUCCAGAUCACCUCCUAAACCUCGCUCUUGGAUGUUUAAGGGCUUCGAGGAGUGGAGGAAAAGCCCAGGCAGCAAAAUUGAAGUACCCCCACCUUCCCAGUUUGACCAGGCAGGAAAUACUGAACAAUCUUCUGAGGUCAGUGAUACAGAGAUUUAUGAUGAUGUUGAUGCCACUAACUUUCAUCCGCCUCCACCUAUCAGCAGUCUCUCACAAAGUAAAACCAAGGGUAAGGUUGAGGACAAAGAUCCUAAAAAGAUAAAGAAAUUUGAGAAGGAAGAGAAGGAAUUCAGAAAGAAGUUCAAGUAUGAUGGGGAGAUCCAGGUACUGUAUCAGGUGACCAUCGUUUCCACCUUGGCCAAUAAGAAGUGGAGCAGUAAAGAUCUGCCGUUGAGACCUGGGGAGACUCUGGAUGUCAUCGUUAAGCCUGUAGACAACAAACUAAUCUGCAGGAACGAGGAGGGAAAGUUUGGCUACGUCUUGACCAGCCAUAUUGUAGUAGAAGAUGCUGAUAUCUAUGAUGACAUUGGCGAUGAUUGUGUCUAUGACAACGACUGAACACUGUCUACAAAGUGAUGCCGAUAUUUGUAUUUUGGGGGUUUUCUUGUUUAUAUUAAUAAUCUUUAUCUAAUUUAUUGUGGUUAUUUUGAGGUGACGUGGUUUUCAUUCUAGAACAAUACAGUCCACAGACACUUCCUCCCUUAAUGAAUAAUUGUGACUUUGCAAUGAAUAGGCCUAAAUUACAUACAAUGUUAAGAUUUUAUAUUGAACCAUAUUUGAAUACUUAUAUUCCAUAUUCAACAAGAGACAUUACACGCUGAUUGAAAACAAAGGUUGAUGAUGAUACAUUUUCAUCAAAAAAAGUAUUUACCAUUUGAUGCCAAAUAUAGCAUGUCAGAUCAGUUGUCAUAUGGUUGGCUGGUUAUCACUUGACAGGUUAUGUCGUAUUGUAGGCCUACUGAAAGUCAGAGUCCAUUAGUGAUGUGCAGUUCGAAAACGAUUUGUUUUUUUUAACUACUCUUUUUACUGACUGAGUGACUCGUUCAUUUUAGUUGUUCGCUUGACCUGCUAGUGCUGGCAGCAAUGAAUCCUACCACUGAGCUAUAAUAGAGCCCCAAGGUGGAGGUGUCAUAAUACCCAUAAAACCCAACGGUCAAACAGAGAAAUGGUUCCAAUCGUUUUUCCACCAUUAAUU